GCAAGAUUUUUUCAAAACCCGUUGGAUUAUCUCGUCAAUAUUGUUAUUUCCCCUCUCUUGUGCACCACACUGAAAUUUCUCUCGCGAUGGCUUCUGUGGCUGAAAAAAAAGGGGCAAAAUGCUGCUAUUUCUUUAACCCCUCUUGAGAGAGCAUCUGCGUUUGAUGAGGAGCUGUCAACUGGCCACGCAAAUCAACCGCCCGCAGAACCAGUGCGCCAGAAAUGGUAUCAGUGGUUCUCUCCCACUGAUACGGCGGAGGAGCGUCGUUUGAUCAUCAAGCUCGACUGCAUAAUCUUGCUUUACAUUUGUAUCGCUUAUUGGGUCAAAAGCAUGGACGGAUUAACGAUUUCGGCGGCAUACGUCAGCGGCAUGAAGGAAGACCUUGCUCUUAAUGGCGAAGAACUGAAUUAUAUCUCAAAUAUAAACCUAUCAGCAUCUGUUUGCAAUUUUGGACAUCAUAGACUGACGACGGGGCUUCCAGGAUUGGACCUGCUUGCGGGCACCUUGACUCUAGCUCAGUACAAGGUGUCCAACGUGGGCCAAGUUUAUGCGCUUCAAUUUUUCUUAGGCAUAUCAGGAAGCUUUUAUUACCCUGGAGUUCACUGGUACUUAGGAUCCUGGUACAAGAGUUCCGAGCUAAGUCGACGCGGAGCUCUCUUCUUCAUCGCCAGCCAGUUGGGAUCCAUGAGUGCCAGUUACAUUCAAAGCGCGGCAUAUACGACUCUCGACGGCAAAUAUGGUAUCGCGAGUUGGCGAUGGCUCUCUAUCAUUUGUUUUGCUAUUACACUUCCAGUUUCGGUUGUAGGCUUCUUUCUGCUGCCUGGCACUCCUAACAAAGUCCGAGGUCGCUUCUUGACUGAACAGGAGAUUGCUCUAGCCAAAAGGCGCAUGGAAGCCGAAGGACGCGAGCCAACUAAACCUCUGACUGUCGCCGUCAUCAAGGACGUUCUAUCUGGGUGGCAUUUCUGGAUUUUGAUUGGCCUCACAUGGUCUUUCUCCCAGACUGGCGGCACGAGUAUCGACCUUUGGCUCAAAGCGGAAGGUUACGGUGUUGACAGUAUCAACAACAUUACUGGAGCUACCCCUCCGGUAAACAUUAUUGCGUGCGUGGUAUGCGGUAUUCUCUCAGAUGCCUAUGAUGCCAAGGUCUCUUUGAUUAUGGGAACCGUCGGCCUUAAGUUCCUAUCGUACUUCAUCUUUGGGACUGCAUACGGUAUCGCUACUGUUAUUUACUCCUGGGCAAAUGAGAUCUGUGGUGGUAGCUCCGAGGAACGGGCAUUCGUUCUCAGUGCAUGA